ACUGAACUUUGGUCUGGAAAGAAGACAAAUCAGAGGAAAUUAAUUGAUCUGACAAAUAAAUUGGCCCAGAGUCAUAGCUCAACAACUAAGCACCCCCUUUAUCAUUUGUAGGUACAGGGAUAUGUAAAGAAAUUCUUCUUUGGCUUUAAGACAACAGUGUUAAAAUAUGGGUACUGUUGGUAUACAACGAAAGCAGAUCCUGACUUAUUGCUCGCUGACGGCUGGCUUUGGCUUGCUGAAUAGCGCCUACAAUUUCUACUAUGUUAAAGUCUUUCUGAACUUCUACCACAUACAGGAAUUCUGGUUUCAGCUGUCUCAGGUCCUCUUCUUGGUUUGGAAUGCCAUCAACGAUCCCCUAUUAGCUUACUAUUCAGAUAACAAAAACUUCAAAAUUCUCAGAACUCGACGGAACAUAAUUCUGUACUCGGCUCCAUUUUUCUCUUUGUCCUUCUUAAUACCAUGGUUUCCUUGGAGUACAAAUCCUGUCAUUGUGGGUCUUCAUUUAAUUUUUGCUCUGUGUUUCUGGGACACACUCUUCACAUUUAUCGGUCUGGCAGAAUGCUGUCUUUUUACCGAGAUUUCACAGGACAGUGAGAUGAGAAUCACCCUAACUCGAGCUUCACAGAUAGCCUCAUUAUUCAGUUCCUUCAGUGUCAUGGUGCUAGAACACGCCUCUAAUGGCCUACAAGAUUUCAAAUCAUUCCAAGUGACUACAGUACUGAUAGCAAUACUAAGUUGGUUCUUAAUGUAUUACUGUGGAAAAAACUGCCACACCCAAUACGAUCUGCAGCAAAUGCAGCAUGGGGAAAAGUCCCCGGAUGAAGUGUGUCACGAGAGAACAGGACAAGAGUCGUACUGGCAGCAGACAUGGCAGAUCGUCAGAGACAUUAAUUUUAUUUCGUUUGUAGUCACCAACUUCUUUCAGGAGUUUCACCAAACAUUCCUAUACAAUUUUAUGGCCAUUAUUUGUGAUCAGUUAAUAUCAGCCGAUGAAAUCAGUCAGACUGCUAGAAGUACUUUUUAUGGCAGUGUUCCUUUUGCUUCAAAGAUUCUUGUGAUAUCAAUAGCUCCUAUUCUUCGUCAUUUCUCCUACAAGAAGGUGAUCCGCGCCAACUUUAUUUGGAAAAUCUCGGGAGGACUUGUUAUGUACUAUGUUAAUGGGAACGGCCAUCCCUGGGUUCUCAUAGGCUUCCUCCUCAUAGACGACUGUUUUGCCAAUGGUACGUUUUCACUGUUUAAUCUUCCCUUGUCGGAUAUUGCUGAUGCCAAUAUGGUCAAAUACAAUAGGAAGCAUCCAAUAUCAUCGAUGGUGUUCGGGACGAAUGCUUUAUUUGUGAAACCUGCCAUUUCAUUGUCUCCAAUGUUGGUUGUCGCCAUUUUAAACAAAUAUGGGUACAAUCAGAUGAAAAAAUCAACAGGUGACAUGACCAACCCCUCGGUUAACCCCUUUAAUUCGGCAGAGCUAGAGGAUCUGAAAGGAGUCAUGUUUUCUUUGGUGUGCUUGUACCCAGUUGUAUUGGGUACCAUACAGUUACUAAGCUGGUCGUUUUACAGAAUCUCAAAUAAAGUAGAAUUGGAAGUUAAAACAGCAUGAUUAUGAACAGGAAACAGUAAAUAUAUUUUUUGAGUUUUCACUUAAUUAGUUAACUUACAUAUCUAUGUAUUAUUGAAAGUAC